AUGUAUCAAGUACGUCAGAGUCCGACCUACCUCAAACUGCACCAGCCUUCGUUGUUAGAUAGUUGGGUAUGUCUUUUAAUAUCCGAUGGUCGACAUUUGAUAUUUAAACCUACAACCUGUGUUAAAUCUAGUUUAAAUCGCCAGACCCCGCGGUUCAGUCUCUUCCUUGUUCCACAUACGUCAUCUGUCUGCGACGCUACAGAAGUGUGAGGUGGCACGGUAGCAGCUAGUUAGCUAGCAGACCUAGCUCCGACAUGGUAAGUUGUUUAUUCAAGUCUUAAACAUAACAUUUGAUUAAAUAACUUGGUGGCGGUGAUGCAACAUUUAUUGGAUGCCAACCGCCAUCAAACCUCAUCGAAGAAGAAGUAGGUUAACUAACUUCACCCUCCAAAUAAAUGCAUGUUUUGUGUCUAAAAUGGAAGUGGUAUCCCUGUUUUAGACGUUUUUAUUGCAAGCUACAGUAGAUAGCAAAGUUAGUUGUAGCCAGCAGAGCUAGCUAGCUUGAUUCAUCCAGAAUAGUUCAUUCUUUUGUCUUUUACAGGUCUUGAUGAGACAAUGUUUCCCUCAAAUUCAGUCAGGAACAUGUCCAACUGAAAGAUAUAGAGCCUAAUAAACCUGGAAACUUGUGUUGACAAUCUAAAAAGCCUUCAACUAACAGUCGUGAAGAAGCCUAUUUGUAUUUAGCUGUGAUUGAAACUUAUUUGAUGACUUUGCAAUAGCUAUUACAUUACAUUACAUACAGUAUGAUUUAGCUACCCUGGUUAUGUGGAGUCAUAGAUGCAUCCUAGAGAGACGAUGGAUGUUGAACCAGUAAUAACCUCUGUCAUUCCCUCUCUAGUCUGCCAUAUUUAACUUCCAGAGCCUGUUAACAGUGAUCCUACUGCUCAUAUGUACCUGUGCCUACCUCAGAGCCAUGGCCCCCAGUCUCCUGGACAAGAACAAGACCGGGUAUGUACUGACAGUGUUAUCGCACUGGGCUAAAGGUCUUACCUCAGAACCUUAGCUGGCCCCUAGCCUGCCAGAGAAGAAUAUGACUGACAGGAUUAUCCCACAGAGUUAAGGUCCUAGUUGGUAGCUACCCUUCCACAGCCCAGAGGGGUAUACUGCGAAGGAAGCUAGAUCUACUCAGGGUUUUCUAAAGCUAGCCAGCUUCAGUUAGCUUCACAUUCCAACUCAGGCUUCAUCCGUACCGAGACGGUGGACACUGCUUGUCCGCCUGCCGCUAACUCUAGCAGGCUUGUAACCGCGCGUGCAUGUUGCACAUAGCUAGUCGAAAGCUGAACUCUUCAUUCAGACAAUGCUGAAACAUCAAUCCAUGAGCGAGUCAGUGCCACAUUUUCAUGUGCCGAAAUCAAUGCACAAGCAUUUUUCCCCCACUCCUAUCAAUAAAAUAAUUUUAUUAAGUCAUACAAACGUUUUACUGUGCAUGAAGUGUCAAAUGUAUUGUGUCAUUACAAAAUGUGUAAUGUGACAGGUAUUUUAACAUGACUAUUUUUGAGAAAAAAUUAAGAAACCUGCACACUGCUCUUGCUAGUAUCACUGCUCUUUAUUAAGCUUUACGUAUUGGCCUCAAGGCCGUCAUCAGAACAUUACUAAUUACUAUUUUUAACACGCAAAACAACUUUGAUUAAUAAAAUAUUUAAUCAGUCGUCUUCCUCAAAUUAAGGGGAUGAUGGUCCUCAACUUGUGGCUCAGACACUUCAUUCAGGAUAAAUGGAGUUAGCCCCAAGUUAGCCUGCCCCGGAGCAGGUUAGAUCUGAAGGAUUCGUUGCCAUAGAAAUGUACCUGGCUAAAAGGUGAGCCACUUUCGCGGUACUGGUUAUCCCGAGUUGACCAAAGUUACCUCGGUAACUCCUCAAACCUGAUUUGCAGCAUAGGGCUCUGGACUCUUAGCCUGCUAGAGAAGAAAAAACUGGGUACACUGGCUGUAUCACACACUAAAACCUCUACACAGACAGUGUUGUUCAUCCACUGAGCUAUAGCCUAGAUUUGUUAGCUCUGAAAGACAACAUUCAAGGAAAGCGAUGUUACCCCAACUGACAACUUCAACCCCAGCAGCAAUCCAACUCUGAUACACUAACAUCAUUGCUCAACCCAUCAUGCCUGUCCAAGCACUCUCACUAUUCUCGGAACCCAUAACCAAAUCUCACACUAGGUAGCCAGCUAACUACCUCAAGAGACUACUCUUCAGAUUUGUAGCUCUCUACUCAGGUCCUCUGGCUUUGUUGACUGUAUUCCACUUCAUUCAUGUAAUGCUCUGGGAAGGAGAAUGGAACUUUGUGUGUUAUGUUUUCCAAUAAAGACGACAGGAAUUGUUUGUGGCCACUAGCGGUAAUUAUUCAUUUCCCAUUGGUCUCAUUUCUCAUGUUGGGAAAUUGGAUGUUGUUAUACACUGGUGGUGGAUGGAAUGCCCCCAUGGAAUGUAAGUACUUUGAAACCUAGGGAAAAGCACCAUGAUAUGCUAUCCGUCAUUAUGUCAAAGACAAAAAGCCAAUCUGUCCCGCUUUCUAAAUGUGUUCUACUAACCCAAACGUUGGAUAUCGUUUUUUUUAAUGAAUACCUAUUUUCCUCCAGUAGCUGUUCUGCGGAAGCCAAACCCUUUCGACAGACAGACAGACAGCGAUGAGGGCUAAAUAGAGAGGGAUAGUGUGUUUGUUGUGGGUUUAAGCCUCUCCAGUGCAGACAGACUCCAUGAGGAGCGCUUACAUGCCGUCUACACUCUGACUUCUCACCCAGGGUUUCCCAAACUCGGUCAUGGGGAUGCCCCUGGGUGCACGUUUUGGUUUUUGCCCUAACACUGCACAGCUGAUUUCAAAUAAUCAAAGCUUGGUGAUUAGUUGGUUAUUUGAAUCAGCUGUGUAGUGCUAGGGCAAAAAAACAAAAUGUGCACCCGGGGUCCCAGGACCAAGUUUGGGAAACCCUGCUCUAACCCCUGACCUCUCUGUGUUGUCUCAUUCACAGAGUGGGGGCUCUGUCCUAAUUCUCUUACAUGGCUUCCUGUUAUCAUCUCCUCUCCCUCAUAGAUACGUGGGACUGCCUGGAUGGAUUUAUUAAACUGCACUGCUUUCACAUAUCAACUGCUUUUAGAUCAGAUGUUAAGAAGGAAAUGAGACAAGAAAAGAAAGGAAGCUGUUUGAGGUGGUUGGGGCUUGACCUUGGAGACAGUGGGUGCGUAGUCUGGAGGAGCCAUCAAGCCUGUCAGGGCCACUUGAGACUUGGUUGGCGUUCUGUCUUCUACGACCAAUAGUUAACUCUGACUCCCCCCUCUCCCUCCUCCUCUGUGGCUGGUACUGAGGGGGAAGGAAGUGAAUUAAACUGUCUGAUCCCCCUAAUCAUCCCCAUCAAGAUAUGGACACGCACACACACACACACACACACAUACAAACCCAAUUUCCUUCUGCCGGUUCAGUUGAGGGCUAGUGGGUAAUUAGUAGCCUCUAGCAUCACCUUACUGCACCUCUCACUCACUCAGGCCACGUGUGUGUGUAAUAAACUCAGGACCCCAUUAUAUGUCAGUUCACUGACUGUCCCCUUCCUUACAGUAUAUGGACCUAUACACUGUGUACAGUGCCCUCAGAACAGCUUCAAUUCGUCGGGACAUGGACUCUACAAGGUGUCGAAAGUGUUCCACAGGGAUGCUGGCCCAUGUUGACUCCAUUGCUUCCCACAGUUGUGUCAAGUUGGCUGGAUGUCUUUUGGGUGGUGGACCAUUCUUGAUACACACGGGAAACUGUUGAGCAUGAAAAACCAAGCAGCGUUGCAGUUCUUGACACAAACAGGUGCGCCUGGCACCUACUACCAUACUCCGUUCAAAGGCACUUAAAUAUUUUGUCUUGCCCAUUCACCCUAUGAAUGGCACACAUACACAAUCCAUGUCUCAAUUGUAAAAAGGCUUAAAUCCUUUAACCUGUCUCCUCGUCAUCUACACUGAUUGAAGUGGAUUUAAAGGAAAAAUCCACCCAAAACCACUCAUUCCUUUAAUUUACAGUGUUAAAUAACACUAAUAUAUGAGAACAAUAUUUUUUGUGAACAAAUGUUUCAUUUUGGUGUUAUAAGGUUGGUAGCAACAUGGAAAAUAAUUGUGGAAAUCUGUUGCAGCUCAAGUCGACUACAAAAUCCCCAAUGAAAUGCUCUCUCUAUGGGGCUGGCUGGCUAGCAAACGUAGCUACACAUGAUAAUACCAAAAACAAUAUCAGCAUGUAACGUAGUUAGUUAGCUGAAAAAGAUUGCCUAAACAAACUGCACCAUCAAUUUAGGUGUCUACAAUCUCACCUUGUUCAACCUGCAGAUCGAUGUGCCUCACAGAGUGGAGUCUAACUUUCGCACUGGCAGAUAUACUUUUGAGGAGAUGGAAACGUUGCCCAUGCUACGACAAUGAUUCACGAUUAUACAGUGUAUUCGGAAAGUAUUCAGGCCCCUUGACUUUCCCACAUUUUUAUGUUACAGCCUUAUUCUAAAAUGGAUUCAAUAAAAUUUUCCCUCAUCAAUCAACACACUACCCCAUAAUGACAAAGCGAAAACAGGUUUUUAGAAAUUUUAGCAAAUGUAUUACAAAUAAACAGAAAUACCUUAAUUAUGUAAAUGAAUUCAGACCCUUUGCUAUGAGACUCGAAAUUGAGCUCAGACGCAUCCUGUUUCCAUUGAUCAUCCUUGAGAUGUUUCUACAACUUGAUUGGAGUCCACCUGGGGUAAAUUCAAUUGAUUGGACAUGAUUUGGAAAGGCACAUACCUGUCUAUAUAAGGUCCCACAGUUGACAGUGCAUGUCAGAGCAAAAACCAAGCCAUGAGGUCGAAGGAAUUGUCCGUAGAGGUCCGAGACAGGAUUGUGUCGAGGCACAGAUCUGGGGAAGGGUACCAAAACAUUUCUGCAUCAUUGAAGGUCCCCAAGAACACAGUGGCCUCCAUCAUUCUUAAAUAGAAGAAGUUUGGAACCACCAAGACUCUUCCUAGAGCUGGCCGCCCGGCCAAACUGAGCAAUUGGGGGAGAAGGGCCUUGAUCAGAGAGGUGACCAAGAACCUGAUGGUCACUCUGACAGCGCUUCAGAGUUCUUCUGUGGAGAUGGGAGAACCUUCCAGAAGGACAACCAUCUCUGCAGCACUCCACCAAUCAGGCCUUUAUGGUAGAGUGACCAGAUGGAAGCCACUCCUCAGUAAAAGGCACAUGACAGCCCGCUUGGAGUUUGCCAAAAGGCACCUAAUGGACUCUCAGACCAUAAGAAACAAGAUUCUCUGGUCUGAUGAAACCAAGAUUGAACUCUUUGGCCUGAAUGCCAAGUGUCAUGUCUGGAGGAAACCUGGCACCAUCCCUACGGUAAAGCAUGGUGGUGGCAGCAUCAUGCUGUGGGGAUAUUUUUCAGCGGCAGGGACUGGGAGACUAGUCAGAAUCGAGGGAAAGAUGAAUGGAGCAAAGUACAGAGAGAUCCUUGAUGGAAACCUACAUCUAGCUAUAUAUUGAACUUCCAUCCUCUCAGGCCAGGAGCAUGAAAAUGUAAGAAAUAAUGGUUGGAUCAGAAUCGCCAUUAUAAUAAUUGGCCAGGACAGAGAAUUUAAGUAAAACCACAAGUCCAAAUCCCUAUCUUCAUCCAUGGCUAAUUUAGGAAAGGGACACUUUUAGCUAGCUAGCCACCGGAGGACAACAACGCAACAAGAUGCAACAAUUCAAGUUGUUUCUGUCAAUUACUUAUGCUCUCAAUGCGUUUAGAUAGGCGUGAUGCCAAAUCCAAACUGGCUUCCCUUGACACUUUUAUUUUGGUGUGCCAGGACCAUUCACAGUUGAGCUCACUCAGUUUAGCCAGAUGGCCAUUAUUUUAUACUUUUUUUUAUCAAGGGAGGCCAAAUGCUCGCUGGCUUCCCUUGCAUUCAAUGCUACAAGCGACAACAAUGGCAUACUCUUUUGGACCAGACAGCAUCAGAUAGAUGGCAUACAGAGACAGAGGGGCGCUGUUUCGCUUGCUCGGAUGCUUUCUCCGGUGAGAUACUGUUCAUUCAGCCUCUUGCGAAUUGAAGGAAAAUUAUGAAACGCAGAGAGACUAAAGAUAAUUUGUCUUAUAUUUUUUUCUGGGGAAGCCUGGCUUCCCUUGGCAUCCAUGAAUACUCACCACUGUCUUGUCUCCAACUGUUUGAAAAGCAUGUUAGCCUGUCCACUUUGUUCAGAUGUUGAAAUCAAGUGGCCUAUCUUAUUUCUCAGAAUGAGAAUGAGUUGCCAAUUCCUUAUAUAAUUGUGUUAUGCUUAUUGCACAUUUAUAAAACAGACUAGACAGCGAGUAUAACAUUCUUUGUCUAUCAUGCUGCUAGCAGUAUCCCAAUCCCGACAAACUGAGCAUUCAUUGUCCAGAAUCAAUGUUCAUUGAUACUCUCGUUUUAGUAGUGUCUGGUCUGACAUAAAAAUGGUAUCGUUAGAAAAGUUAACUUCUCCUCUAUAGUAAAAUAAUGUCUCAAUGUGUUUUGGUGUCCAUAUGAGCGAUUCUGUUGAACCAAACCUUAAAUGCAAAUAGCGAGUUGAAACCGCUUGUCAGAGAGGAAGAUGUGAUCUCUCUCAACUUUGUUGGCGAGAGAGGCAGGGGGUGGGGCUUGGUGUGUGUGUAAACCAUAGAGGAAGGUUUCACUCCUGCUAAAAUCUGUCAAAAAUAAGGCCAAUGCGUUUCUAUGGGCUUAUUUUGGGCCUAAGCUUGUCACCUGCCUUUGGGACAAGCGGUCAUAAACGCUCAUAAAAACGAAAAAUAACGAAACCUUGAUUCUUGCGAUACAGGCAUUUGGAAUAUCGCGCAAAAACAUACAUUUGAAUUCAUCAAAUGAAUUUGAUACAUUGCCCAGAGUCUAUUGGGCGCUAGCUCAAAAACCAAACAUUAGCAUGAAUUUCGUGAACAAGAAGUACAACAUUACAAAUAUUUUCUGAGAUGUGAGAUAAUUAACUUGCUGUCUGUAGUAUCGUAUAGUUUUAGAAUUUGGACAUUACGUACUUUCAAGGAAAAUAAGCAUGUUUCUCGACAUCUACACUGACUUUGAGAAGGGAUUGCGUGACGAUUAGUUUAGCAACCGCGUGACGAUUAGCUUAGCAACCGCGUGACGCAGCAUAACGUGAACGCGAUUGGUUGACAGUCUGCUGGGUGGGGCGUUACACGUUCCUUUAUUCAUUGGAUUCCUAUCUCAUUUCUAUAAUAUCUCUGGCAACUGCACCAUGCAAUGCACCCUGGACUAAAGAGGUAGACAAAUAGGAAAAAUGUGCAAGACCCUCUGUUAAAUUACACAUUUCUCGAGGUAGGAAUAUCGCAAAAAUAAACGACAUCAUCCCGAGUUAUGAUGUCGGCCAGUAUUGAAAUCUGACAUGUAUGAUAGACAUUUUUGUGAUCUAAAAGUCGUAUUCCUAUUAACUUCCAGUGUAGUGAGAGCGACUUUCUCACGGUGCUACGUAAUACCGGCCGGAUUUCUGCCUGCUUGAACUCUAAUAACUCAAAUACACAUGAAAACAUGAACUGACCCAGGGAAUCGAUAGAACAUCACUCAGAGAUGCACAAAAACAAUAUAACAUUCAAAAUGGGUCGACCUUUCCUUUAACAAGUGACAUCAAUAAGGGAUCAUGGCUUUCACCUGUAUUUACCUGGUCAGUCUGUCAUAGAAAGAGAAGAUGUUCUUAAUGUUUUGUACACUGUGUAGAUCUGUGCCUCUCAAUCUCUCUCUCUCGAGCUACUCUUUGCAAGUUUGCUCAUUAAAGGGGCAAUCUGCAGUUGCUACAUAAAUUUUUGGACAUAUAAAUUAAUUAUAUGGACCCAUUGAUUCUUUUUUUUAGUCAUUUAGCAGACACUCUUAUCCAGAGCGACUUACAGGAGCAAUUAGGAUUAAGUGCCUUGCUCAAGGACACAUCGACAGAUUUUUCACCUAGUCGGCUCGGGGAUUAGAACCAGCGACCUUUCGGUUACUGGCACAACGCUCUUAACCACUAAGCUACCUGCCGCCCCAUCUCAUCAGCUUAGUUCAACUGUCGCACCCCAUCAGAACCCCAAAGCAAAUCUAAACAAACAUUGUUUAGCGUCAAAACAUGGUUAAAACUAUACUUUUGAUAUAAUGGAUGGUCAGUCCUUGCAUCCAUACCUCUAUGAAUUUGAGUGGUUACAUUUCUCCAGCCCCAUUCCUCAGCUUUUUACCGAAACGGGCGGCUAAAACACGUUAUUGUUUAAACUGAUGAUUGCUUCUUUAAAACAUUGAUGGUUAUGUUAAAAACAGUACUUAAAACAGUAUGUAGCUAAUUAACAUAUCUUUCCCCUCUUUUCAGGUUCUUGGGUAUCUUCUGGAAAUGUGCCAGAAUAGGUACGCUGUUUGGUGUUUGUUAUAUAAUCAAUAGUUUUAUCAUCUAGAACACCGAAGACUUGUGAUGAUGCCCAUGUAUAAGGUGCUUGCUCUUUUAGUAGUCAGUGUUGGUUUAGUGUGGUGAAAGCAUUGAGUAUUUCCAUGUUAACUUCUGAAGUCUCCCAUCAUCCCCUCCCCCCCAGGUGAGAGGAAGAGCCCAUACGUGGCGGUUUGUUGUGUCGUCAUGGCCCUCUCCAUCCUCUUCUCCGACUAA